CGUGAGACCACGUCUAUUAUUUUAGAAUGGCCUAUUUUCAUUUCUAUUAUUAUUAUGCAGAAGCGACUAUUUUCCCUAAAUUCCUGAAUACGGAAGAUCUCAAGACUGCGGUGUUUUAUGCCUCAUAUAUCGGGCAUAAAUUCACCGCCUAGCCAAAUAUCGAUUCGAAAUUUCUCUCCAAUUCCAAUCCAUUGUAAAGAAGCCAACGCUACACACAACUAACACUCGCCAUGUCUCCACGUCUACCAAGGAAACUGGUACAACUUCCUUUCUCUGUCGGUGCCUUUACUCCCCAAGUGGCCGCUCAAAAUGCUAUUCCCACCCGCACAUUCGGCAUUCGCUCCUUAAAUCCUCCCAAACAUUCGCGAUAUAAUGAGGGCCCUGACCUCCCCGUUCUCAAGUCAACCCCUGCCGCAGCCCUGGAGCGUAAAGCCAAUACAUUACCGCCUCGCACCGGUGCAAUCACGAUCAAAAAGGGGAUGACUGCCAUUUUCGACCCCGAAACAGGGAAGCGUAUCCCGUGUACUGUUCUCCAGUUAGACCGCGUCCAGGUCGUUGCGCAUAAGACGAAGGACGUACACGGCUACUACGCUGUACAAAUCGGUGCAGGAUGGAAACAUCCUACCAAUGUGACAAAGUCGUUAUUGGGUCACUUUUCAGGACAAGGAGUGUCACCAAAGCGAUAUGUGUAUGAGUUCCGGGUCAAGGAUGAAAGUGGCCUAAUCCCUGUUGGUCAGAGCGUGAAUGCAGAUUGGUUCCAGGAGGGCCAGUACGUGGACGCGAGGUCGAAUUCAAAGGGUAAGGGGUUUGCAGGUGUGAUGAAAAGACACGGCUUCGGAGGUCAAGAUCGCAGCCACGGUGUCAGUUUGACGCAUCGUUCGCUUGGUUCAGCGGGUCCUAGUCAGGGUGGUGGCUCCAGGGUCUAUCCUGGAAAGAAGAUGGCAGGAAACAUGGGGAAUGAACAGAACACAGUGCAAAAUUUGAGGAUUCUCAAGGUCGAUAUAGAGAAUGGGCUUGUUCUGGUUAACGGUUGCGUGAGUGGCCCUAAAGGUUGCGCUGUCAGGAUACAGGAUGCAAUCAAGAAGCCGUGGCCAACAAUCGCGGAAUCGGUUGAAGCGUCGACGUAACUUCGGCCUGGUCCUUUUCUUGAAAAUGUACUAUUACAUUAUUUUGUUUCUAGAGUGGCGUCUGUAUGAUACAUAAAUUAUAUCCUCAUUUUUUUAGUUGCAUUUUUCUCUGGCCAAAUCAGCUGUUCCUGUUCAAGGUUCGCUAUAACGAAUAAAUAAAUGCACAGCCCGAA